AUGGAAGGAAACACAGAUACUAGCAAUGCGUCGGGCUCUGGAACUGGAGCUGGAGCUGGACCUGCUGGGCCAGAAAUUGAUCCCAUCAUGAAUCAAAUAAAUGACUAUCCAGAAGAGGAACCUGGACUCACUUUUGAACAACGUGUGGCUCUUCAGAUUGCCAAGGAACGGGACACCCAACGGAGACAACAACAGCGGAAAAACAAAUCUGACGGACAGCGUGCUAGGAAAGAGCCCAAUACAGACGAUAUCAAGCUUGUAGGACUCACCUCUGCUCUACAAGAGUGGGCUAGGGCCCUGCUUGGUCUACCUCAACAAUCCAGUAGCACCUCUUCAAAAAUCACUGCUGCUGCUGUACUCCAACGCCACCUUCCAGCUGAAGCUACUGCUGAAGAGGUUGAGCACUGGACUCAAUAUUCUACUAAACGAACUGAAUAUUUAGACCUCAAUAUCAAACAGAAGAUGGACGAAAUUUUUUCAAAAAACCCCUCUGCAACUGAAACUGUCAAGCAUGUCACCAAAAUCAAAGUGACCAAGGAAGCCGUUCAGAUGUUCUUGAAAGCAUUUCCACCUGAAAAAUUUGUAUCUCAAGUAGCCCAUUCAACAGCCUCCAUCACCACCUACAAUGCUACUCGUUUAUCUUCAGCUGAAUCCAAAUUUUCUGAAUGUGGCUUCUCUCAAAUCACUUUCCAAUGGACCAGCGCAGCCAAAACCCCUUGGAACAUGGCAAUGUUAGACACCUUAAUUACUACCUGGUUAGAUUGUUACCAUGCUCGAGGUGUACCAUCCGGCUUCCUAAUUGACUCCACUUUCAAUAUUACACUCGAAACCAGGAACAUACUUGUCCGCUGGGUUACAAACAAGCGCAGAACCUAUCACGAUGAGGAGAAGGAGAAGAAGUUGGUCUCUACCCCUGGCGGACCUGAACAACUGGUCAAGAAAAAACUUUCAGCCAAGGAGAAAGCAGCUUUGAAAGCCAUGAGGAAAAAGCUUUGUGAAAAAAGGGCUGCAGCAGUAGAGCCCUACUUUUGUACAUUUGUGGGUCCAUUCAAAGUACUACUCAGCUCCCAAGAGGUUCAUUAUGAGACAGAGAUGGACCCAGAAAAGCCUGGCAAAUUUAGGAAGGUCAAGCUCAACUGGCGGUCACCAUUGCUGGACGAAUUGACCACUCUGGCUGAUAGUGCUGCUCCCAAGAGGGAGAAGACUGACAAAGGCAAAGAACGCCUCAAAGAAUUUUUCACAUCCAGAGGGGAGUAUUCCCCACAUGUUCCUGAUCCUGAAGAUCAACUUCCUCCUAAGGCUCUGCCAAAAUGCCUCAUCAAGGAAUCAAUACUGAGUGAGGGUAUUGAUGAGAUCACCAUUGAUAGUUUGGAGUUGUCAGAGACCCCAGUGGAUCUCCAAUCAGCCAUUGAGGUUUUGAGAAAGAAGCUUGGAAAAGGCAACUUCAUGACAGUUUCUUCUUGA